CCGCCGUCGGCGAGAGCCAUUGCCUUAUUACUCGCGUCAACACCAACCGUACAAGACGCGCAGCCUGGAGUGCUGCACCAAUUGCUUGAAUUCGCGCAUCGUUACACGUCUCAGGUAUUGUCCGAUGCGCAAGUGUAUGGGGACCAUGCGGGUCGCGGUGGCAAGAUCGAGCUAGACGACGUUACUCUCGCGGUCCAAGCUCGUGUAGGUUGGGAGUUCGGGGGACGUAUACCCAAGGAGUACCUUCUGCAACUGGCCUCCCAGACGAACUCCCAGCCUUUGCCAGCGGUUCCUGAAGUGUUUGGUGUUAGGCUGCCG